GAAUAGCCUCUCUGAAGACGAACAGCCUCUGCACUCAGUGCCCAGGGUACUGGGCACAGCAUCAUGUCACGCCGGGAGAACUUUGCUGCGCUGCUCCUGGCAUGGCCCCAUCCUUGGCGUAGGCUGUCUUCAAGAUGGAAAAUUUUGAGUACAGCAUCCUGUUAAAUGACCGGGAUUGGGCUGAGUUCUACUUGGCUUCUGAAGAAUGCAGUUUGAGCCAGCCAGCCUUGGCUACAGCUGACGAGCAGCUCCUCAGCGACCUUGAGGAAGGGGAGGCCGCAGAGAGUGGGUCGGUCCAAGUGAAAGUGGGCCCUGUCCUCCCAGCCAGCCAUUCAGCCAGCUGCCUCCCACGUGGAACCCCAGAUGGGCACCUGCUUGUAGAUGAGGUUUUGUCUGGCAGUGACGAUGAAACAGAUCUGGGCUCUGUCAUCAGGUUUCUGUGCAACAGCAAACAACUUGGCACAGCUUGCCCCCAGACUUCCAGGAGGACCCAGGAAGGUCAGCUGCCCCGUGUCACUUUGAAGCCAUCAGGAAGUCGGACUGGGCUGCAAGUUACCGUCACAGAAGCUGCAUUUACUGCCAAGGAAACAGAGAGAGGAGACCAGCCCAUAAAUCCAGACUGCUCCCUACCAGUAGUGCUAGCUACUGCCACCCAAGGGAGGGCCUUGACAGAGAAAAGCCCAGGGCAGGAGAGAAUGGAAAGACCUCCCUGUGCUGAGCCUACAAACCUGAAGACCACAGACGGGGCAGACAACAAUGGGAGCAGUCCUAUCUGCUUGGAAUUACAACACUCCAAGGAUCCCUCCCUGCCUGCCUGUGUGGGCAUGCAGCUCCCAGCAUCAAUGACGAGCACAGCAGCUUGUUGGGAACCAGAACCCCCACUUGCUGCCUAUCCAAGCUCUGCUCCCUUUUAUUCUCCAGUUUCUGCAGAGCUCGGGGGAGCAGAGCGCCCAGAGAAGGGUGGCAAGCCCCUUCAGGUCACCUUGAAGGCACAGGCAGCGGCGCCACUCCAGGAAAACCCAUCUCCAUCUCAAGGGUGUUUGGUUCCAAUCGUAAUGGUCUCUGCACCAUCCGACAUGCUAUCGGCGAGCCGUGGGGGAAACAUUCCGGGAAGGGUGAGCAAGGAAGAAGACAUUUCUGCAAAUGUCAUUGUUGAGAGUGGAGCAAGCAACAGGGAGGCCUUAAAGGAGGGAGGCCCAGUGAACCAAGUCAGGGGCUCUCCAUGUGACAACGGGGUUCAACCAUUUCCAAGGGCACCGGGAGAAAAGAGUGGUCCAAGCCCAAUCCAAGCAACAAAUUCCAUAUGUGAUGGGCUAUUGCAGGAAGACAGAGAAACAGCUACUUCAACAGGAAGGGUUGAGAAGAACGACAGUGGAGAAACGUGCCACUAUCUUGGCGUGGCUUUACCUUUUGAAGAGGAACUUCAUACUAUUGUUCAAGGAGAACAGACAUCAGACCGCUUAGGGGAGCCAACUCCCUAUGGUCCGACGUUAGAAGGCUCUCCAGAAAGUGGCUUAUCUGCCAUGAGGUGGCCAAAAAUGUAUGACUGUUUUUUCUGCGAUGACACCCAGGAGGAGGGAUUGGGGAUUGGAAAGGAGCAGCCGAUCUCAGGGAUUGACCAAGAGCUGCCUGAAAUGGAUGGGCCUGAAAUGUACGAACAUUUCUUCAGCGAAAUGGGUGAGGCCAAGGUGAGAAACAAAGAUGGAGUUCUGGAGACAGUCUUCAGCUCCGGACAUCAGUCGGCGCCAUCUGGUGGCUUGGGGGACCCGGAUUUGGACAUGGCUGACAGUGCUAUGCAGAUGUCUACCCCAGAGGUGUACGAACACUUCUUUGCCAACAAAGCAAAGAAGAAGAGGAACUGGAGGGUUUUUUUCUUCAGCAUCCCAGCCUCAGAGGUGAGGAAGGCUGCAAGAGCUUUAAAAUCCUUUCUGUGCAGACCUGCACAUCUUCUCAGAUCACGGCCCACAAGCCAAGGCGCUCUGCUUCGGAAAGGAUCUCAAGGAAGGCUGGUGCUCGUGUCUCCAAGGCUCCUGGGUGAAAACCUACCAAGACCAGAAGACCUAGGGAUGGCUGUGAUGCAACCAGAAAGACCCCUCCAGCCGGUUUUUACACAAAGAGACAUGUGCUUGGGCUUUAUGGCGUUUGCUUCGUGGGCUGUGAAGAGCUCUGAUCUGCAGGCCCCGGAUGCUUGGAAGAUCGUGUUGCUAGCAAACUUUGGCACCCUCUCAGCCAUCCGCUUCUUCAGGCGGCAGGUCAUCACGGACGCUCAGCAUGGAACAUAACAGGACACAAGUCAAUUCCAUCCAAUUCCUGGUGGUCCUUUGGGGAUGAGUUGGAAAGGAUAUCACGGUACUUCUUUGGAGACAGGGAACCAACCUUUGGGGCAUCUUGGUCUAUCCUGGACUGUUGGACUCACUAGUAUAACCCCCCCCCUCAUCUGGUAAGGCGGCAAAUUGGUUUGAAAGAUAAGGUGGAGGCUUCCACAGAAACUGGAAUUUGGUUCCAUUGUUAGCUCUCAAAGAAGAUGCCAGACUGAAACCUUUCUGUCCCUUGGCCAGUAACUCACCUUGAACUUGUGGGAGAAGGAGCGCUAUAAAUAAAUAACCCAGCCUACAUCUGGUAACUAGCUAGCUGGGCAGCUGCUCAUGAGGUAGACAUGAUGGCCAAGAGACAACUGGAAGGUGCAAUCCUUUUUUGGAGAAGAAUAUUGAAAGGAGACAAGUUUCAGGGAUGGUUUACCAAAACAAAUCCAGGAGGCACAGGCGUAGGAGAUAACGGUGCAGUUGCGGAAUUUUAGACCCUUAAGCUUGAAUGGUCCAUCAGAGCCUCCAUCAUUUUAGCUGUGAUGAAUGUAUAUUGCUUCAGAGGGGUGCAUUUGGAGCACAUUCUCCCGGUCAUUCUACUGAAAAUUAGGUCUCCCAAUUUCUGCCCUGACAGCACCACUUCUAGAAAGCCUUUCUGAAUGAACUGAUACCUUUAAUCAAGAGAAUAUGAAGGUUAGGAUGAAGAGUAGAUGCUCACACUGGUGGCUUCCACAUAUUCUUAAGUGAAUGUGGAAAAAGAAGAGUGAAGGAAAAGAUGGUUCACCGUAUUUGCUAACAGAAGCAACAGGUUGAAAAGGAAGGGAAAAGGUUAGGUUGAAGUAAUGAGAAGAAUGUCC